AUGAAAGAAGCUCAGGAGUUCGUUUGGAUGGGCGCGAUCCCGCUGCAGAUUCAUCUCCACGAAUCUGAAGUGACCACAGUGCCGCCUCCUCCCCCUGCCCUAAUCUUAGCUCCUCGGAUUGGCUAUUUGCCUUUGCUCCUCCCUCUAAUCAAGCCUUACUUCUCUUCUACUCUCCCUCCCGGCGUUGACACUGUCUGGUUCGAAUACAAAGGAUUGCCUCUCAAAUGGUACAUUCCCACUGGUGUUUUGUUUGACCUUCUCUGUGCUGAACCCGAAAGACCUUGGAAUUUGACGAUCCAUUUUAGAGGAUAUCCGAGUCAUUUGUUGAUUCCUUGUGAAGGUGAAGACUCUGUGAAGUGGAACUUUAUCAAUUCGUUGAAAGAGGCAGAUUACAUAAUUAAUGGGAACUGCAAGAAUGUAAUGCAUAUGUCUCAGUCUGAUCAGCUGGAGCUCUGGAACUCUGUAGUGAACGCUAAUCUGGAGGCAUUCAUUCGGUCAUCCUCCAAACUAAAAUCUGGAACGAUUGAGGAUGACUAUGCAUCCAAGUCAAGUUCGUCCUCACAAAAAUCGCAAAAGAUGAUUGGUGAGGCAGAUACAAGCGUGCAGACAAAGACAGGUAAAGUUCCAGUUCGUUUAUAUGUCUGGAAUGUGAGUGCGGACUUUGGAGACAUGGAAGAUGCACCUCCAAUUGAUAGUUGGGACAGGAUUUCUUAUGUUAAUCGGCCACUUGAGAUCCACAGAGAAGAAGGUAAAUGCUUCACAUUGCAUGAUGCUAUUAAAACCCUUCUCCCAGAAUUGUUUGGCAAGAAGAGGAAACCUAGUGAAGGUGAAAAUGAUGAACAAAGCUUUGGGUCAGAAGAAGAAACCAAGAACAAUCGAAUGACAGAAGAAGGGGAAGGAAAUUUAAGUCUGCCAUUGGAAACUGUGAGCACAGCGGACGACGACCCUGAAAUUAAGCUCCUCCGGAUUCAAGGGAUUGAACCAAAAUUGGAAACACCAAUUUCUUGGGUAGCAAACCACUUGAGGCAUCCCGAAAAUUUUCUUCACGUCUGUGUAUAUGUCAAAAUCCCUUCUGCAAAGUCUCUUUAA